AUGCGGCGCGCGUGGCGAGCGGGCCGCGUGCUGCACGUGGCGGCGCUGCUGGCGGCGGCGCUGCCCCGGCCGGCCGCGGAGCCGCCGCGCGCGUGCCGCGCCGACGCGCUGUGCCUGUGCCGCGACGACCACCUCGCCUGCAGCCUCGUGCCCUUCCACAGGUUUCCUGAUACAGACGCUUCGGUGUGGCAUGUGUCGGUGUCGCAGGCGCGGCUGGGCGCGCUGGGCGAGGCGGCGCUGGACGCGCGGCGCCUGCGCACGCUCGUGCUCGUGGCCUCGCAGCUGCACCACAUCGAGCCGCGCGCGCUCUCGUCCAUGGCAAACACGCUGGCCUCGUUGGAUCUAGGAUACAAUGAAUUCACAGAGGUACCGAUAGAAGCGUUACACGAACUGAAAGUGUUAAACUGGCUCAAUUUGCAGAACAACUUCAUAAGCGAAAUCGACCCGAAGAUGGACUGGGGGUUUCUGGUCGAAUCUCUGAGCACACUCUCCCUGAGCAACAACCACCUGUGCGCGCUGAGCUCGGGCGCGCUGGCGCCGCUGCGUCGGCUGGCGGCGCUGGAGCUGGACGGCAACCGGCUGCACGCGCUGGCGCCGGGCGCGCUGCCGCCGGCGCUGGCGCUGCUGCGGCUGGCCGACAACCUGCUGCCGCGCCUGCCCUGCGCCGCCGCGCGCCUGCCGCGCCUGCGCCACCUGCAGCUGCGCGACAACCUGCUGCGCGCCGCCGCCAACCACUCCUGCCGCCUCGAGCGCUCCAGGAUAGACUCUCUCGAUCUCAGCCACAACGAGCUCGAUGAUUAUUACGACUUCGAAUUUCUUGCCAAAUUGCAGCUCAAGCAACUCAUCUUGGAUAUGAACGAUUUCACGACCAUUCCUUCCCUGCCGCUGGACAAUAUGCGUCUCGUAAAACUGUCAAUCUCGCACAAUCGAAUAGCGGUCGUUUCGGAUGCGGCUGUACAUGCGUUGAAACGCGAUUUGGAACGCCUCGACUUGGACCACAACGACUUGGCAACUUUACCGAGCAGCGUCAGGGAGUUAACGCGGCUGAGGUAUCUGUCGGUCGCCUACAACAGGCUGGAAGAGCUGGAGGACCUGCCGCCGAACCUGUACUCGCUGUCGGCGGCGGGCAACUACUUGAGCGCGUUCCCGGCGGGGCUGAGCGGGCUGGCGCCGGGCGCGCUGACGCGGCUGGAGCUGGGGUACAACCGCAUCGCGAGCGUGGCGCCGGAGGCGUUCGGCGCGUGGGCGCGCGCGCUGGCCGCGCUGGGGCUGCGCGGGAACCGCAUCGCGCAGCUGCCGGCCGGCGCGCUCCCGGCGCUGCCGCUGCGCGAGCUGGCGCUGAGCUUCAACGACCUGUACUACGUCGACCCCGCCGCGUUCGCUGACCUCACCGAGUUACACUUGUUGGAGUUAUCCUCUACGCUCUUCAGCGGAGAGUUCCCUCUGGAAUCACUGUUGACGAACUUGACGUGGCUCACUUUAGAUAAUAAUAAUAUUCAUCGAGUGUCGUCGGACGAUAUCUAUAAUUUUCCGUCUUUGGAAUUUCUUAAUUUAGAUUUUAAUAAGAUAGUAGAGUUUCCUAGUGAAAUGAAUGAAACGAACAGUGCUUCUCGGCUUAAGGAACUGAGACUGUCAUACAACUACAUAAGCAAAGUGAACUCAAAGUUUCUUAUGAAUUUAUCCGAAUUGCAAAGCAUAGAUUUGUCGUACAAUCGUAUGCUCAACAUCAGCGAGCAUAGCUUUGCAAGUUUACGGAACUUGGUUUAUUUAAGUUUAGCCGGGAACCUCGUAGAGUUCGUCGCCGAUAGAGCGUUCAGUGAUCUGCCAAGACUAGAAGCUCUCGACCUGCAGCAGAACCGCUUGCUCGAGUUCUCUACUGGAUAUUUUGAAAACGUAUCUAGUGAAGAAAAAGACUUAGCCGUAAACGUUAGCCACAACCAAAUAUCAACACUCACCGGGGGGCCCGCCGUUUAUAUCAGCAUUUUGGAUUUAUCUUACAACUCGAUCGAAACUUUGCCCAAAAGUUUCUUUGAUUCAUUGGGUGCAAGCAUUAGACAAAUACUUUUAUCGCAUAACAGACUAUUGCACAUUGAUAACUACAGUUUCAGCAACCUACCAAAAUUACAAAUUUUAAGUUUAAACAAUAACAAUAUUAGUUCAGUGAAAAAACGAUCAUUUUCUGAUUUGUCUUCAUUGCAGAUACUCGAUCUUUCCCAUAACAAACUAGGACAGUUGUCUAUCGAGCAGUUCCACAACAUGCGGUGCCUGCGCCACCUGCGGCUGGCCGCCAACGAGCUGCGCGCGCUGCCGCGGGACUGCUUCAAGAACACGGUGCUGGAGCACCUGGACCUCAGCGACAACCGGCUCGGGCUGUUCCCCGGCAGCGCGCUGGCGCACGUGGGCUUCACGCUGCGCCGCCUGGAGCUCGCGCGCAACCGCCUGGAGUACCUGGACGCCGCCAUGCUGCACGCCACCUCCUUCCUGCACGAGCUGGGGCUCGCGAGCAAUGCUCUCACGGUGCUCUCGGACAACACUUUCGCCGGCCUCUCUCGACUCGCUCGGCUCGACCUUUCCCAUAAUUCUAUAAAAACCAACUUUAAGGAGCUCUUUCACAACCUGCCCAGACUCAGAAAGCUGGCACUGGCCGGCUCUGGACUGAAGGUUAUCCCUCAUCUACCACUCGCUAAUCUGACCCAUCUCGAUCUGAGCGUAAAUCAGAUUGCUUCUUUUCGCGAAACAGAUGUCCGCCGACUCACCAACUUACGUUCACUUGACAUAUCAUUCAACAAACUGACAUCGCUCCAUCCAUCGAUGUGGACGGGUCUCCCUAGAUUGUCUAGUUUAGAUGUAUCACAUAAUCCAUUGGUUCGAGUGACAAGAGGAUCAUUCGAGGGUCUAGAUAAAUUGAUGCAUCUUAGAAUGGAACAUCUGUGGCAUCUGGAUGCAAUCGAACCGCGCGCAUUUUUGUCACUCGCAUCCCUGCGGUCGGUGGCUAUAGAAUCUCCGACUGGAGGCGUAUCUAUCGCGGCGGUGGCCAGCUACGUUCCAGGUCUCGAGUCGAUCGUGCUGCACGUGAGAUCGAGCGCGCUCGACGAGCAGUUGCACGGGCUGCGGGCGCCCAAGCUCCGCGCGCUGGAAGUGCGGGGAGGCGCGCUGCGGCGCGUGUCGGCGCACGCGUUCGCGUCGCUGGGCCGGCAGCGCGCGCUGGCGCUGCGGCUGAGCGGCACGGGCGUGACCGCGCUGCCGGCGGGGCUGGUGCGGCCGCUGGCGCGCGUGCCGCACCUCGCGCUGGACUUCAGCGACAACCGGCUGGUCUCGUUCGGCCCGGCGACGUUGUACCCGAACCUGACGGGCUGGAACCGAUUCGCCACCAAACUCGCUUCGGGUGGGUUGGUGGUGGCGGGCAACCCGCUGCGCUGCGGCUGCAGCGUGUCGUGGGUGGGCGCGUNGCUCGAUCCAGUGUGGGACCGUAAGAUAUCCUGCCAACCAUUGCAUNCGCGGCGCAGCGAGUGCGUGGCGGCGGGCGGGCGGCGCGCGCUGCUGGCGCUGGACGCGGACGAGGCGGAGUGCCACGCCAGCGCGCUGUCCAGCGACGCGCGUGCGCCGGCGCCGCCCGCCUUCUUCUGGAUCGUGCUUCUUCAUUCUGACCAUCCGAGCGAGGGCUGGGGCUGGCGCGCGGCCAGCGCGGCCGCGGCGUGUGCGAUGCAAAUGUUAAACGACUGCGGGCGCGCCCAGCCGCCCACCUGCAUGCGGCCCAGGCCAUCAAAUGCAUUCUGA